AUGGAAUCUGACCAGUCGACCAAAAGCUCGCUUGCUGCACUUCGAGAGAGUGCUAUAGAAGUCGUCAAGGGACUGGCAGACACCUUCGAGGGAGGGCUAGACACCUUUGCCGUCCGCAAUCCCAUCCUGCCCAGUCGUGAGGAACGUCCGUCCAGAUUCAUUGGAGCCAUUGACCAAGGCACAACAAGUACUCGAUUCAUCCUCUUCGAUCUCGAAGGUAACAUAGCAGCCUCUCAUCAGACUGAGCUGGGUCGGGUACAUGAUCAACCUGGGUGUGGAGAUCCAGCGGAGAUCGUCUCCUCUGCGCAAAAGUGUAUAGAGCAGGCAACCAAAACGUUCAUCAACAAUGGCCAUUCCAUCAGUGAGAUUGAGGUCCUGGGGGUCACCAAUCAGCGAGAGACAACUAUCGUAUGGGAUUGGGAGACUGGAAAGCCACUAUACAACGCUAUAGCUUGGCCUGACACUCGUACCAAGUCCAUAGUCAGAGAGUUCAAGGAAAAGGGGGCCGACGGCUUGCGGGAGAUAUGCGGUCUGCCCAUAUCAACAUACUCUUCUUCUGCGAAACUUGUCUGGCUACUCCGCAAUGUACCGGAAGUGAAGGUUGCCUAUGAUGCUGGUAACCUGGCCUUUGGUACAGUAGACACAUGGUUGUUGUAUAAUCUCAAUGGUGGAAAGGAAAAUGAUGUAUUUGUGACCGAUGUCUCAAAUGCUUCACGGACCAUGUUCACUAACCUACGUACCCUCAAAUAUGAUGACGAGUUACUUAACUUCUUCGGCCUAGAACAGUCCAAGCUCAGACUGCCAAAAAUAGUUCCAUCUGCGGACCCCACAGCGUUCGGACAGCUGGCCACGGGAAUCCUCAAGGGAGUUCGAAUCAUGAGCUGUCUAGGUGACCAGUCUGCUGCGUUGGUAGGCCAUGGAGCAUUUGUUCCCGGUAUGGCCAAAAAUACAUAUGGGACCGGCUGUUUCUUGCUCUACAACGUGGGCGAGAAGCCCGUCAUCUCCAGUCACGGUCUUCUCGCAACGGUGGGAUAUCAACUGGGUCCCCACUCAAAGCCAGUAUAUGCCUUGGAAGGCAGUAUAGCCGUUGCCGGAAGCGGCGUUAAUUUCUUAGUGAAUAAUCUAGGCUUCUUCCGAGAUGCCAGGAGAGUCGAUGAUGAGGCUUCAUGUGUACAGGAUAGCGGUGGCUGUGUUUUCGUCACUGCAUUCAGCGGUCUCUUCGCUCCCUAUUGGAUCGAUACCGCAAAAGGAACGAUAUUUGGCAUCACGCAGCAUACUAAGAAGGGCCAUAUCGCCCGAGCAACUUUAGAAGCAGUAUGUUUCCAAACUAAGGCAGUCUUGGACGCUAUGGAGCGUGAUAGUGGACAUAAACUUGCCGAGCUGAGGGUGGACGGUGGCCUAAGUACUUCCAAUGUCUGCAUGCAAUCACAAGCUGAUAUCAUUCGCAUACCUGUAAAACGCCCAGAAAUGCAUGAAGUAACAGCAUUAGGAGCAGCAAUUGCCGCUGGGAUUGCCAUCAAGAUCUGGGAUGAUCCGCUAAACCUGGAAGGGCUCAAAAAAUCGGAUAAGACGGUCUUUGAACCCAAGCUUCCCGAAGCAGAAAGCAAUCGUAUGUACAGAAAGUGGUCAAAGGCCGUUGAGAUGUCCCGAGGCUGGAUGGACAGCAGCGAUUGA